CUAUUUUAAUGCUACGAUCGCCCAGUAUACAAAAUCUGGUGAAAAUAUUUCAAAAUAUCUCUUCGCAUCAAAAGCACCCCUACUCUGGAACCAUUUCAUGCAGAGGCCGCUUCAUAAACGGAAAGGUGGACAGGUGAGGUUUUCGAAUGACCAAACCAUUGAACUAGAAAAGAAGUUCGAAACUCAGAAAUAUCUUUCUCCUCCCGAAAGGAAACGUCUGGCUAAAUUACUCCAGCUUACUGAGAGACAGGUGAAGACAUGGUUUCAGAACAGAAGAGCGAAGUGGAGACGUUUAAAGCAGGAGACACCACCGUCUGAGAGGAAUACGAAACAAAACGAACAUUCAGCAUACCUUGAGAGAUCCAAUAGGAAAAGAUACAGUGAUGAUGAUGAUGAUGAUGAUGGUGAUGGUGAUGAUGAUGAUGAUGGUGAUGAUGAUGAUGAUGAGGAGGAUGAUGAUGAUGACAUUGACGGCGUACAUGGACCUGAUGAUGAAGAGGAGGAUGAGAAUGUUGGUGAUAAUGAUGAAAAUAAAGUUUCUUCCAUGAACGAAAUUGAUGUGGGCAAAGAAAUGAAUGACUAAUGAAAACUUUUACGCGCGCGUGCGCGCACACACACAUACACACAUAUACAUACGUGAAUGCUUAUGCAUAUGCACACACAAAUAUAUAACAACACAUACAUACAUGCAUACACAUACAUAUAUACAUAUGCAUGUUUAUAUAUCAAUGCAUUUAUGCAUUUAUGCCUACACAUAUGCACACAAAGAUGCAUACAUACAAAAUGUCAAAUAUACGAACACACACACGUAUACAAAUACAUAUAUAGUUGUUACUUGAAAGAAACGCUAUAUCCAAGUUUAAUUACGGUUUCAUAAUGAUCCAUCCAUACAUCCAUCCAUCCAUACAUACAUACAUACAUACAUACAUACAUACAUACAUACAUACAUACAUACAUACAUACAUACAUACAUAC